AUGCCCUCCUCAGCCUUUCUUGAUAGUCCAGUGCUCAAAGUCAGCCGCCCAGUUGCUGCCUGUCUAAGAUGCCGCACUGCCAAAAUCAAAUGUGAUGGGAAGCUCCCGGCCUGUUCGGCGUGUGAGAAGGCCGGCAAGGCCAACACCUGCUCGGGUGCUACAGACGAGUUCGCGAAAGGAAAGGAACGGAGCUAUGUGGCGUCCCUAGAGGGCUAUUGUGAGAAGCUGGAGAAACGCCUUGCCGAAAUCCGCCGAAAGCAAGUGCAAGCUUCGCAUAAUAGCGAUGGACAGGAAUUGCCACAGAGUUCUAUAACGGCCUUUGCGGCAGAGAAUAGCAGCUCAAGGGCCCAUCGCAAGGAAGUGUCUGACAUCGACGACCUCGUGGGUGACUUUGGAUUUCUGUCUGUCAAUGCAACAUCGCGGGAUUUUCAAGGCAUCACUUCAAAUGUAUCGUUUGCGCAGUUGCUUUUAACGUUAUCAAUAGUGAAACCACUUCCUCAAGCCACCCACCAAUCACUGCCCUCCAGGCAAGAAGCUACUAGGCUCAUCCAGUUCUACUUCGAUAACAUCUUGAUUCAAUUGCCGUUCUUCACCGAGACCACAUUUUGGACCUCCGUGGAGGCCGUGUACCAAAGUGGGGGCCGAUAUGCGAAACCAAGUGAUCAGUGGAUGGUAUACAUGGUCCUUGCGAUUUCAUCUGCUUCUCUAUGGCACCAACAACCGAACGUUAACCAGCAAUUUGCCUUUUCGAUGGUUUCGGCAGCAAUUUCUAUUGGGGGUGAGGUCUUACAGCCCGGCUCGACACUUGGCAUUCAAGCAAUUCUUCUUCUCGUGCAGUAUUCACUCUUGGAUCCUGAUCACUUCCGUCCUCGGUUUCUAAUUUCAUUUGCCGCUCGAGUCAUGAUCGAUUUGGGUCUUCAUCAAGAUCCGCCAGCAGAAGUCAUUGUUGACAAAGAUGUCCAAGAACAGCGACGACGGCUCUUUUAUUCACUUUACUCAUUAGACCGCAUCGUUUGCACAUCUCUUGGCCAUAGCUUUUCGUUUUCCGACCUUUCAGUCAAUGUUGACCUCCCAGUUGUCCAUGUGCAUUCUAAUGAUUCAUUCGAUGAGCACAUAUUUCUCAAGAGUUUGGAUCAUGCCAUUCAUUUGAUUAAGAUUCGCCGCAUUUUGUCCAGAGCAUACCAAGAGAUGCACUUCGACGGACGCAACCGUGUGCCCAAUGCAAUAGCUCGUGCGUGGAAGCUUUGUUCUGACGCCCGCGAAUGGUAUGCCGGAGCACCGACGAUUCAAUCAAGUUCCUUUGGUCUUCUGUACCGAUUGGAGCUACUUUACUGCACGAUCGUAUUUCUGUCGCCCUCUUACGGCGACCCUGACAUCUGUGAUUUCAGCCGAGUCUUGCUUUUUGAUCGAUGUAUUGACUUUGUCAGCCAACUACAUCAAGUUUUAGAGAAGCCGGGCAGCCUUCCUUUUGUUACAUAUGUGGACAUUCAACGUCUUUAUCAAGUUGGACAGCUACUAGUCAGAUUACUGAACGAAAGUUAUGAUUUGCUCUUGAGCAACAAAUUGCCCGAGCCACCAGCGACGCCUCCCGGCACACCUGAGCCUCCUUACCUUGCUGCGGAAGACCGAAUCAAUUGCCAUUCACGCGCGGCAAGGUGUCUACAGUAUAUUGGGGACCUCCUUCAAUACGGUUCUACGAGGUGGAAAAUGGAAGAUGAGUUGAACAAUUUCAUGCGAGUAUCGCUAGCAAUCAGAGGACGAUUACUACAGGAAGGAGGUCCAUCGUCUCAAACGAUUCCUCAAAUCCAGCCAUCUAGCCUGUCUACGAGCGUCCAUGGAGGCUUAUACUACUACAACUAA